AUGGCGUUGAUACCAGGCACGUUGGUAGAAAUCAGUGGCCUGCCUGGCAAAGCAGAGCCAGUUCCCAGCGCAGCGGCGGACGGCGUUGAAGCGGUCGACUUGAACGGCGUUUCAGCGCAGCUGGUGCAGUAUGACAAGGCUGCCAAGAAAUGGAUCGCAGCAACGUUUUCUGGACGAAUGAUUGCGAUUGAUCAGAAGAACAUCAGCACAGUGCAGUCGGAGGCUGUCCAAAAAUAUGAUUUUGUUUUGGGCCCUAAAUCUGAUUUUGAGAUAUCAGGGCAGGAGAUCACGAGAGCACUAGCUACAAAAGGCUACGCGCUGGUGAAGCUUAUUGUCGCGGAAGAAGAUGCUGCGGAAAUGGUUUCCGUGGCCCAGCAGCUGGACGACAAUGACCAGUUCAGUCGCCUUGCGAUUGAGUUUGAGAGAGGCUACUUGGGUGACGAAGGAAAUGCUAAAACAGUGCAUGUUGGCCUGGAAGCCUCGGAUACUCCUGACUUCAUCAAGCGUUCUCCGCUGAAGACUAUGGACAAUAACUUUGGUCAGCUCUGCUCGAUGUUGUCGAAGUACUCGGAGGAGAACCUGGGCUUCGAAAUCUACAGCAGGACCGAGAUGCUCCUUCGCAUGCCGCUUGCUGAUGGUGAAGAAGACAAAUACCCGCCUGCUGACAUUGACGAUGGUGAUGCUGAAGGCUUCAUGCAUCUCAUGUACCGGCGAAGGCUCACGGUGCUACAGUUUGUCGGGCCGGCAGGUGGGUCCCUGAAGCUUCUGCCAAUGAAGGAGGGCGAUGAGGAGAUUGACCUUGUUGCUGACCCGCAUACAAUGCUCGUCAUGCUCAACAGCCGCUGGGAGUAUAGCUAUAGUCCUGCUGGCAAAGCUCUUGCUCUGCAAAGCUUCAUGUUGGCCGAGCCCGCCAUCUAUUGUCUGGAGGAUGAGAUUCAGGGGAACGUGGAAAACUUGACAGGACAAUCAACCGGUCCUCCGCCUCCCCCCGGUGAGCACUGCACCAUCGAGUCCAUGUACUGCCGGUACGGCAUGCAGGCCGAUGGCCGUCACCAGUUUUGGCAGGCAUCCGCCAAAGCAUCGUGCGACGGCCUCACAGAAGUCCCUGUUACUCGCUGGGAUCAUGGACCGUACUUUGAUCCUGACCAGCAGUUUGGCGGAUCCUACACCAGACAUGGCUGCUUUGGUAUUGAAGGAGUCGAUCUCUUCGACUGCAAGUUCUUCGAGAUUUCCCCAAUGGAGGCCAAGGGCAUGGAUCCCUGCCAGCGCCAGGUGAUGGAAGUGUCCUACAUGGCGCUUCUGGAGGGUGGCUACGACAAGAGGAGCUUGCAACGGGAGGCGCAGCACAUCGGCCACUUCGUUGGUAUCGACAAGGAUGACUGGAUGUGCAUGGGCGCUGCUGGCAUGCUGGACACUGGUGGUGGUGCCCAUGGUGCAGCUGCUGCAGCCAAUGCCAUUACAUCCAAUCGCUUUUCCUACUCCAUGAACUUGAAGGGAGCAAGCAUGACCAUCGACACUGCAUGUUCGUCUUCUCUGGUGUGCACGCACGUCUCCAAGCUGCACCUGCGCUUCAAGGACUAUGAGCCGAUGCCAGCGAGCAUUGUGAACGGUUUGAACCUGAUGCUGUUUCCGGGACCAUUUGUUGGCUGCUGUGCAGCCGGUAUGCUUAGCCAUGAUGGCAGGUGCUUCACGUUCAACUCCACCGCCGAUGGUUAUGCCAGAGGUGAGUUGUGCGGAGCCUUGUGCUUCAAGCUCAAGCAGUUCGAUCCAGCCACCGGAUCCAUCUGCUGUCUAGCAGGCAGCCAGUCAAAUCAGGACGGCCGAAGUGCAAGCUUGACGGCUCCGAAUGGGCCGGCUCAGGAGAAGUGUAUCAAGGCCGUGCUCAGGGAGUGCAAGCUGACGCCAACAGAAGUUGAUUGCAUCGAGUGUCAUGGGACUGGCACGGCACUGGGUGAUCCGAUUGAAGUCGGCUCCUUCCGAAAGGUGAUGAGCGCAACUCCGAGGAAAGAGCCGCUGGUGAUCACGUCGUCGAAGUCCAACAUUGCACACGGAGAGGGUGGCGCGGGCUUGGCGGGCUUUUUCAAGUGCUGCUUGCAGGUGUCGAACUGUGAGGGUGCAGCAAACGUGCACUUGAAGGUGAGAAAUCCCCACUUAGACAUGGAAGGCUUCCCGUGUCAGAUUCUUUCCGAAGCUGUCGCGAUGCGAGAGGAUGCGGCUUAUUCCGGUGUCUCCUCUUUCGGCUUCGGUGGUACAAACGCGCAUGCAGAGGCCUGGGGCAAGAACAUCAUGAACUCUCGCGGAUGUAUGGUCUCUGAUCCGAUCAAGCUCUUCGAGCGAAAGUUGGCGAAGGCGCCGCCGGCUGAGAUCACCAUGAACGGCGAUGAUGUGCGGGACUGGGAGACGACUGGGCUUGAUCCAGCAGGGCAGAUCGGCGACCGAUACAUGAUAGAGUUAGACGAGGAUGGUGUUGCAACCUGGGAAAAGGUUGAUGAGGAACUCGUCGACUGGGGCGACGACUUUUCUUUGCAGGGCACGUUCAACAACUGGGAAGCUGAAGCGAUGGAUAGGUCGGAUUCCAUUUUGGGGCUGUGGGUCGGUGAGAUCACAGUCGGCAGCACCGGAUCUGAGCACUUUCAGAUUAUCGCGGACAACGAUGAUGAAAAAGUGUACUGCCCUGACCGCCCGAACUGCACGUCAAAGGUGGCGCAGGUCCAAGGGCCCAAGACAGCGGCCAAGGAGAAGUCGUGGGUAAUCCGCGGGGCGCCGGGAGACAAGUUCAAGAUCGAGUUCUUCCAGCAGGAGAAGCGGCGAUCGGUUCUCUGGAUGAAGCUGUGA